GAAAAGCUGAUCAUGACUUAUACAUCAUCAUCAUCAUCAUCGGUCCUUUUAUGUCCCCACUGCAGGGGCUCAGGCCUUCCUUAUGGAUGGUUAAGGAGGAUGAGCCAUGACCCUCCACGCUGGCCCAAUGUGGAUUGGAGGGUAUAUACGACUGUAAAUGCAGCCGAGGCCAACGGCUUAACGUGCCUUCCUAAGCACGGAGUAGCUCGAGAUAAUAUUUUUUUUGUCACCCAUCCAGUGGCCGACCCUUGCGAAAGUUGCUUAAGAACAACGAUUGUGGUCCGCGGCGUUUAUCUACUACACCACCGAGCUACUUACAAUUUAUUACUGUAACUUGUAAAAAAAGUGAAGAAGAAUUAAUUACAUGCAAUUACAAAGAUGCACAAUAGAAAGCGGUCACGCUGCGUCGGCGCAUGGUAUGUGCCAGUUUUUUUUU